AUGGCCUCCAAAGCCAUGUGGGAGGUCGAUCCCGAAACUAGGGCCAAGUUGGCCGCUAUUCAGAAAGAAUCCAAGAACAACCUCUGCUGCGACUGCAACGCGCCUUCGCCGCAAUGGGCAUCCCCGAAAUUCGGCGUCUUCAUCUGCCUCUCGUGCGCAGGCGUCCACAGGGGGUUGGGUGUGCACAUUUCGUUCGUUCGCAGUAUUUCCAUGGACGCCUUCAAGCAGAUUGAGAUUGAGAGGAUGCGCCUUGGCGGCAAUGAGAACUGGAAGACCUUCUUCGAGCAGCACGAGGACACGAAGAUGCGGGGCGUCACCUGGGACGAUGCCACCAUUGCAGAACGAUACAGCGCGAGGUCGCGAGAGUGGAGAGAGCUGUCGCCAGCAGAGGGCAAGAGGACCGCACGGGCACGCCGCCUCAGUGGCAGCGCAGCAUCGCGCCCCAGCCCGGCGGCAAGGUCAAGGUUGACGACAAGUACUUCUCCAGCUGGGCCCCGAGAAUGCGUCGAGGUCGGAGGCGCUCCUCCCAGCCAGGGCGGAAACGCUGCGCCGACCAUUGAUGAGCUGCAGAAGGACCCCAUAGCCGCCCUGUCCAAGGGCUUCGGCUGGUUCACUUCUACUGUCACCAAAACGGCCAAAACGGUCAACGAUGGCUACAUUCAGCCGACAGCAAAACAGCUCGCCGAGUCCGACUUUGCAAGACAAGCUCAGCUAGCAGCUGGCCAGGUUGGACGUGCGGCGCAGCAAGGCGCCCGCAACGCCAACGAAGGCUUUAACAAGUUCGUCGAGGGCGGCCGCGAGGGCAACGGCGGUUACAAACAGGCGCCGAUGGACGACAGCAAGAGGGACUUCUGGGACGACUUCUCAAGCCUGGCGGACCAAAGCAACCAGCACAAGCAGCAACGAUCUACGGGCACAGGCGCCAUUGGCACUUCGGCCAUGAAAGGCGGAGGCUCUGGCGGUGCAGCGCCGCCGGCGAAGAAGAAGGAUGAGUGGGACGACUGUUCCUGCACCCCGUCGGCUAUAUGCCAGGAACUGAGGGGCCAACGUGCGGGUCACGUGCUCCGAGAUCCCGAGGUUGGGAGGCCGGUACUAGCCGGUCUCGCACCUGGACUCCACGGGUCUUUUGCCAAUGACGCCGAUUGUUCGACAGGUCCCAAGUCCACCUCCGACUUCUCUACCUCGCGCAUCCUCGGACCUGGAGAAGUGAAGCAUCACAUAGCAGAGUAA